UCUAAUAAGUUGGAAGGGAAUGAGAUGACGAUCCACCGUAAGUAGAAUAAAUCAACCGCGUGCAAUAAAACCCCAUCUUCCCCGCCAAGCUUUUUGAACGAAAUUCACAAUUUCCGCCAUGAAACUCAUUCAGAGAUCUAAAGCUUUCUCGUCGCCCGCCGUACCUAUUCUCCAAUAAAACUCCACUUUUCUCUCUUCAACACAGAAAUCUAAGGUAUCUCUUUAAUUUCUCCGCCCUCUCUUUUUCAACUGAAGCUUUUCGCGUUUUCUUGUUAUUUCCCGUGCCCUUUUAUCUGCCCUGAUUACUCCUCAAUAGAGCGAAUGCUGAAUGAAAUACUUCAACAAUCUCUUACCUUUCAAUCGUACCCCUGCACUUUAAUUUUUGAGCCGUUAUAUACGACUUCUUGUUUAUACACUUUUGUAACUCCGAACUCUAGUAUGGGAUGCUAAUUAUGUUCUUUUGAGUUGUCCAGCAGAGGAAUUGCUCAUUUGUACUUCACAUUUUCUGUUUGGUUUGUACGAUUUUCAUAUUGUUUGUCGCUAUUAGUAAUUACUGUUUUAUUUAUUUGAUUCUGUGAAAAUUAGCCGAAAUUUGAAGAGUGUUGAGCUUGCUUUGAUUUGUAUGCUUAAUAGUAUAUUAGUAUGUAGUUUGUGUUACAAUCCCUAUGUUACCAAUACCACUGUGGUAAAUGUGUUUAGACGAACUGCCGAAUUUGAGUUUACGCUGCUUAUAGGUGAUAUUAAAGCGGAAUUUGAUGCAAUUGUGAAACCUAGGUCACUCGCUCCAUUGGAAAAAAGAAAAUACUCGAAGAUAUAAUGUAAUGGGAUUUUUAGAGAUUUUCAUCAAUUUUAGGGGAAACCCUUAACUAAUUGAAGCAAUUUUCAAUAUCUUUGUCAGUCAUAAGUGGAUGUUUUUUCUUUUCCUUCUUUUAUGUGCUUUUCAGAUAUGGAGGGUGAUCAAAAUCAUUCUCUCAAACUUGGAGGAUCCUCUGUUGAAGGUGACGAUCAAAUUUACAUCUCUGGGCUUAGUACUCUUCUGGUUGCAACGAUCCAGGAAACUAAGGACAGAGGAUGCAUGGAAAGAGAACGAAAACGAUCUCCUAUUUCAAAUAGAAAAACUUAAGCGCGAAAAUCAGCGUAUUCUUGAAGAGAAUAAGUCUUUGAAACUUGAGAAAGAAAAUCCAUCAAGGGAGCUAGCAGAAAGGAUGGAUCUGCUGCGGUCUAAACUACUUGGCGAGCAACUCAAAGCUGAGGAGCUGGCACAGCAACUUAAGCAGAAAUCGAGAGAAAUCGACGAGGGGAUUGAAUUGCAGCAGAAAUUACUUGAAAUGGUUCGGUCAAAAACUUCUCUGAUAAUGAGUAAAGAACAAAAACUGAAAGAGUAUGAAGACCAAUCUAAUGUAUUGCGCACCAAAUUGACUAGCAUGGAGGUGAAGUUUGAUGAGCUCCAGAAGAAGCUUAAUGCGAAGACAGAUGAAGUAUCUACAGUCAAAAAGUUGGAAGAGAAUUUGUUCAAAAAACUUGAAUUACAAGCUUCAGAAAUUAUGAACAUUGAACAGAUGAAUAGUGAUCAACAAAAAGAGAAACAGAUGCUUGUGGUGAAGUUAGAAAAAUUGCAGGAGAAUGUAAAUCGUCUAGAGAAGGAGCUUUUGAGCAAGACUGAAGAAAUUGAGGAAGGAAGGAAACUGCAAACCAAGUUGCUACAGCAAAUUGAUUCAGCUGGCUCAGAAAUUUCAAAGAAUACAGAGCAGCUCGAGGAACUUCAGAAAGAGAACAAACAACUCUUAGCCAAGUUGAAUGGUUCUCAAGAGAAAGUUAAUGAGCUUAAGUCGAAUCCGAGGGUAAAGAAUAAGGAAAUGGAAGGAAAUGAAUUGUAUGAGAGUUUACGUGAACAGAUCGAACUAAAGUCCUUUGAGUUACAGGCUGAAAAGAAGGCAAGAAGAGGCGUUGUUGAUGCCUACAAAAGGCUGAAAUCACAAUAUAACUUCCUUUGCAAAAAAUUUGGCCUUACUAGCGAUAAUAUGCUGCUGAAAGACAGAAGAGAAAAUGAAACCGAUUCAAUGGCUUAUAAUCAAGAUCUUGCAUCCUCACCAGUAGAUCCCGACGCAGAAACUGAAGAACCUUCUAUAGCCAUUUCUGAUACAUCUCAAUUGAAGAAAGAGAUUAGCGUGCACCAUAACAUAGAGGAUAAAAAGGUAGUCAGGCUAAAUCAGGCCUUGAACUCCCGUUCCCCUCCAAAAACUCCUAGUUUCUCAAGCGGCUCGAAACGUAGUCCCAAUGUAAAAUCUGCACCAAUAGCAUCUAAAAGACCAGCAUCUAAUUGGAGAGGUACAAGGACUCAUUAUCAAGAGCGAGCGGGGCCUGACCCACACGAUGAUUUUCUUGAUACUCCACUCGAGAACAUCCGAGAGAAUUUAAACAAUCCUGUGAAGGACAGAGUUAAAGAUCUUCCUCUUCCUGAGGUGGUUGUAAAAAACAUCGAUAUGGAUGUUUCCGAUGACGAGACACAAGAUUUGAAUGUUGUUAAUCCACAACAACAUCAAAAGCAGAUGCCAAUUUCAGUGACUGGGAAUAGAGGAGGAGGCAUUAAGUUUGUGGAGCCAGUGAGAAAGAAAGCUGACAGGCAAAAUUUAAAAGGAGUGGAGUGCAAGCAAUGCAAGAAGUUCUACGAUGCUGUUCUUCCAAAUGAUGGCAAUGAAGAAACCAACGGUGAUAAACCGUGUUUACGAUGUGAACAUCAUGAUGGAGUUUCAAGGCAUCGGUAUAGGUAUGUUCCUCCCAUGACUCCUGAAGGAUUUUGGAACAUUGGAUUUGAAUCUGAAAUGUAAUGUUAAUGUAGGAUUAAACCCAUUGUUUGAUAAUUAACGACAAAGUAGGUGAUAUGUAUAGUAUAUUUUAGAUAGAAAACUAUGAAACAAUUUAUGCAUUGGAUAAAUAUAAAUGAAAGUUUUCAUUUUUACCUCAAA